AUGAAAGGCCGACUUGUGUCUGCAAAUCCAGUAGAAGGAGAGCGGUUCUACCUACGCCUACGUUUAUCUCAUAUUACUGGGCCUACUUUCUUUGAAGAUCUAUACAGUUUUAACGGCUUACUGCAUCCUACAUUUCGCAAAGCAUCUCUUGAGAGAGGGUUAAUAGAGAACGUUGACAACUUAUCCCAAUGUCUUGGAGAGGCCUCCUUAUUUCAAUUUCCGGCUGCUCUUAGGAGGUUAUUUGCCACGAUGUUGAUCUAUUGUGAGCCAAGAGAUGUUCGAAGUUAUGGGAUGACCACUAUGAUUCACUUAUGGAAGAUUAUAUGCGCCAAUGUGAAAUCUAUGGGUAAGAGUCUUGAUGAUUUCGAUCUUCCAAUGGUUGAUGCAAAUUCCAAUUUUCAAUCUGGAGAAUUUCGUGAGGUACAAGAGGAAUGCUCUAUAGUUGUGGAAGAUGAACACUUGCGUGCCCGAGACUCUCUAAAUUCCGACCAGAAAUACGCAUAUGAUGAGAUCAUGAGGCACGUAGACAAGGAUUGUCCAGGAGUGUUCUUUAUAGAUGGUCCAGGUGAAACCAGGAAGACUAUUUUGUACAAAGCUUUGCUUGCCAACAUCCGUUCACGUGGACUUAUUGCUCUCGCAACCGCUUCAUCGGGUGUUGUUGCCAAUAAUAUGCCUGGAGGGAGAACAGCUCACUCUAGAUUCAAAAUUCCUCUCAACCUUGAUAAUAACUCAAUGUGCAACAUAAAAAAACAAAGUGGGGCUGCUCAAUUGAUUCGAGACGCAAAAAUAAUCAUCUGGGACGAAGCAUCGAUGGCAAAGAGGCAAGCAGUGGAGGCGCUCGAUCGAACAAUGCAAGACAUCAUAGGGGUGGCACUCUCAUUCGGCGGAAAGAUAAUGGUUUUGGGGGGUGAUUUUAGACAAGUAUUACCGGUCAUGAGGCGUGGAACCCAAGCACAGAUUGUAGAUUCUAGCUUACGGACGUCACCUCUUUGGGCAAUGAUUAAAAAGAUACGGUUAACGCUCAAUAUGGGAGCACGCACUGAUACGUGGUUUUCAGAAUUUUUAUUAAGAAUCGGUGAUGGAGAUGAAGAGGCGGUGGACGAAAGCUUUAUUUGCAUACCGGAUGACAUGACCAUUCCCUAUAUUGAUAAAGGUAAGUCAAAAGAUGCCCUGAUUGACAUAAUCUUUCCAUAUCUACAAAUCAACGGAGCUGAUUCGGAUUAUAUCAUUUCGAGGGCGAUACUGUCAACUAAAAAUGAGAAUGUCGAUGAGAUUAAUGAUCAGUUGAUCGGCAAGUUUUCUGGAGAUGAAAAAAUAUACUACAGCUUCAACGAAGCAUAA